UGGGUUAGGUUGGUUGGACGGCUUAGGACUCGAAUGGCAUCCCAACCUGGGUCAUGUUCCAUUUUGGUGGCAGGCACCGAGACAACAACCGAAUGGUAGUAGUGGUAGAGAAGGAAGAGGAGAGAAGAACCUGAUCCCGUUAAGCCGGGAGGAGCCGAUCGUUGAGCCCCCUGCUUGGAUGGAGUUCGUCCAAGAAGCCAAAGGCGGUCCCCUUUUUCUUUGGGGUUGGCCUUGGGUCCAUGGCCUGGACCUUUUUGAUGAUGUGUCGUGUGAGCCUCGCAUUUCUCUCUUUCUCUUUCUCUCUCUCUCUUUCUCUCUCUGCCUGUCCUCGUGUCUCCACGUGUCUCUCAGCGCCUUCUUGUUUCUGGGUUCUUUCUGUUAUUCUCUCUUUCUUUGCCUGUGCGAGAAGUGUAUAGCCGUACGUAAGUUCGGCUCUCCACCAAUCAGAGAGUUGCGCCCAGAACCUUUUCUGAUGGAAAAGGCCCUUUCCCCUCUGCUUGCUCUCUUGACUUGGCCUUGCUACAGUUCCGGAUGGCCUCUCUCGCAUUACGAGUGCUUAAAGUCACGACAUCCCAACGAGAUGGGGGCUCACCUCGCCACACGCCGGGGCCAAGUGUCGACGUUGCGGAGGUGACGAAAAGGACAAAAACGCUCGUGGCGACAGUGGCGGACACUCGCGACCUACGUGCUCCCUUCCCGCUGUGGCGAACCAGAGCCAAGGGCACGAGGGCCGACGUCCGAGAUCAAGAGGGCGGCCAAGGGGCGACUUUUUCCCCGAGAUCAUCAUGAGAGGUGCAUGUUGACGAGCGAGCAACCAGCCAACGAACGAACGAACCAACGAACGAACGAACGAACGAACUUCAAACGAACGAGGCAACAACGAACGAGCGAAGCACCCAACGAACGAACGAAUCGAGGAACUAGGAACGAACAAACGAACAACUUGCUUCUCCCUAUUAAGUGGUAGUCGGUGAAAAGAAAGAAGAAGAAGAAGAACGUGUGUGUGUGUGUGAGUGAGGGAGUGCAUGUAUGCUUGCUACUCCUGCUACCUUCCGUCAACGACGACCACAACAACGACAACAACGACGACGAAGUCGUGGUGGUGCUGUUCGUGGUGAUGGUGAUGUUGUCCGUGGUGAUAGUGGUGAGUUGCUCUGGUCGACGAUCCGUCUUGGGGGCAAGACAAAGUGAAGGCAAGUAGGGGGCACUUACUCGCGGGAUGUUCGGUGUCAGAAGAGGUCGUGUUUUUCACUAUCACCUGUGACCUGUGCUACUUGAACCUCGAGUGCCACCAAGUCUUGCGUGCAUCUUGCAAGUUAUCACAUCAUCGGACUGACUUCUUCUCAGACGACCUUACUUCAUUCCGAUUUCCCCCUUGACCCCUGGUGAUCCGGUGCCUCCUCUGGUGAGGCUUCCACCUGCCACCAUCCUGUUCCAUCCUUUCAAGAAGCUACUUCCCACAUCAACGGUGAGCACAACCGGGGAAAUGGCACUUGUAGCCUCGCCGUCCUCCGUAUGGAGGGAUCCGAGUGUUAUGUCAGCCUCCGCCAACAGCAUCACCUCCAUGGUGGGAGUGUCUUUGCCACCUCUGACCCCGAUCUCAACCACCAUUCAUCCGCCUCAGGAAAGUUCGAUCAGCAGUGAGGAAUCCAAACACGACGAUGGUCAAGAUAUCAUCUGUGUUGUGUGCGGGGAUAAAUCUAGUGGCAAACACUAUGGCCAAUUCACGUGUGAAGGAUGCAAAAGCUUCUUCAAGCGAUCUGUCAGAAGAAACUUGACCUAUCAAUGUCGAGGAAAUCGCAAUUGUCCCAUUGACCAGAACCAUCGAAACCAGUGCCAACACUGUCGAUUGAAAAAAUGUCUUAAAAUGGGAAUGCGUCGAGAAGCUGUACAACGAGGGCGUAUCGCCACCACCCCACAAGCAAUGUUCGGAAUCACUUUCAAUGGUGAUCCCUUGAGCGGAACCACCUACCUCUCCUCGUACAUUUCCAUGCUGCUUCGGGCAGAGCCCUACCACACCUCUCGAUAUGGUCAGAUGCAAAUGGCGGCAGCCAACAACAUGGUGGGGAUCGACAACAUUUGCGAGUUUGCCGCUCGACUCCUUUUCUCGGCCGUGGAAUGGUCCAGGAACAUUCCCGGCUUUCCCGAGCUCCAAGUGACGGAUCAGGUGGCUUUGCUUCGUCUAGUUUGGUCCGAACUGUUCGUGUUGAACGCGUCCCAGUGCAAUAUGCCCCUCCACGUGGCCCCACUACUGGCCGCAGCCGGGUUACACGCGUCCCCCAUGGCCGCCGACCGUGUAGUGGCAUUUAUGGACCAUAUUAGGAUAUUCCAAGAGCAAGUGGAAAAACUCAAAGCCCUUCACGUGGACUCGGCGGAAUACACAUGCAUUAAAGCUAUUGUUUUAUUUACCACAGAUGCUCCUGGCCUCACCGAUACUCAGGUGAUCGAACAGCUCCAGGAGAAAUCCCAAUGCGCUCUCGAGGAGUAUUGUCGAAGUCAAUACCCCAAUCAGCCCACACGGUUCGGGAAACUCUUGCUCCGCCUCCCUUCAUUGAGAACGGUGUCAUCCUCGGUGAUUGAGCAACUCUUUUUUGUCAGACUGGUGGGGAAAACUCCCAUCGAAACCCUGAUUAGAGACAUGCUCUUAUCAGGGAGCACAUUCCAAUGGCCCACUGUGCCCGGGACCGGUUCCAUGUCCCCGCCCUUAGGCGCCACCUCCAUGAGCGGCCUAGGCCCACCUUACCCGCCGAUCAGCAUACCUGGGUGUGCCAUGACUCUUGUGAUAUCUUCAUCGGAGAACUCUUCUGUUUGGAGAGAUCCUAAUAUGAGUGGUGUUAACGAUCAUAAUGAAAGUACCAGCAACAACAGCACCAGCACCAACAACAAAGUGUGCCGAACCACUCCCCACUCCACAAUCAUGGAGGCGAGUGUAACGCCGGAUAUCAUCAUUAAGGAUGAAAAUGGCCAGGAUAUUAGUUGUGUAGUGUGUGGUGAUAAAUCUAGUGGAAAACAUUACGGGCAAUUCACGUGCGAAGGUUGUAAAAGCUUCUUCAAGCGAUCUGUGCGCCGCAAUCUCACUUAUCAAUGUAGAGGAAACCGAAAUUGUCCCAUCGACCAACACCAUCGCAAUCAAUGUCAACAUUGCCGCCUCAAAAAGUGCUUCAAAAUGGGCAUGAGAAAAGAAGCCGUCCAGCGGGGCCGGGUGCCACCCUCGGCAGCUCAGGCCAUGAUCGGCUUUGGUUUCAAUGGGGACGUGGCCCAUCCAGGCACCACCUACCUCUCCUCGUACAUUUCCAUGCUGCUUCGGGCAGAGCCCUACCACACCUCUCGAUAUGGUCAGAUGCAAAUGGCGGCAGCCAACAACAUGGUGGGGAUCGACAACAUUUGCGAGUUUGCCGCUCGACUCCUUUUCUCGGCCGUGGAAUGGUCCAGGAACAUUCCCGGCUUUCCCGAGCUCCAAGUGACGGAUCAGGUGGCUUUGCUUCGUCUAGUUUGGUCCGAACUGUUCGUGUUGAACGCGUCCCAGUGCAAUAUGCCCCUCCACGUGGCCCCACUACUGGCCGCAGCCGGGUUACACGCGUCCCCCAUGGCCGCCGACCGUGUAGUGGCAUUUAUGGACCAUAUUAGGAUAUUCCAAGAGCAAGUGGAAAAACUUAAGGGUCUUCAUGUGGACUCAGCCGAGUAUUCGUGUAUGAAAGCGGUGGUACUCUUCACGUCUGAUGCUUGUGGACUCUCAGAAGUGCAAACAAUCGAACAACUCCAGGAGAAAUCCCAAUGCGCUUUGGAGGAGUAUUGCCGAAAUCAAUAUCCUAAUCAACCCACGCGAUUUGGCAAGCUCUUGCUAAGACUGCCCUCCUUACGGACAGUGUCCCCGUCGGUGAUUGAGCAACUGUUCUUCGUCCGAUUGGUGGGCAAAACUCCCAUCGAAACCCUGAUUAGAGACAUGCUUCUAUCGGGAAAUUCUUUCCAAUGGCCAUCGGCCUUGAUCUCAUCCACCUCCAGUUACUCAGCCGCAGCCGUGGCGGCCGCAGUGAACCAUCCUCAGACACCCGCUACGUCGGCAACCAUGUAGACCAUUUUGAUAGGUCUCUCUGCGCUCGUUCCCUUGGCUCUGUCUACAAACUUAUUCAACCACUCAUGUUGACCCCAUGGCCAUCAUUCAAAUACAUCCUGUUAUUUGUGUUCCCGGCGCUCUUUCCCAUGUAUUUUGACGGGUCGGAUCAGACGAGUGGAGCAACCUUGAAAUCCGUGGAUUACCUAGAUUUGGUUGUAUAGCAGCACGUCUUCUCUCUCUCCGUCUUGAACAGGGUUUUUGAAUACUGUAUGUGUGUGGUUCCAUUAACCACCCAACCACCAUGACCCCAUGGCACCAAAGACAACAUCUCUUUGAUACACUGAUAUAUCUGUGAUACGUUUCCAAUCUCGACAAACGAAGAAUACACGAAACAUUUCUCA